AUGCUGGCCCCCAUACCUGUAUCAGCACCCGGACUGGAUCGCUUACCAGUACCAGCACCAAAACUGGUCCUCGAACUAGUACCAGCACCCGCUCAGAGGCUGGUCCCCGAGUCAGCACCCGUUCCAAGGCUGGUCCCCAAGCCAGCACUCGCUCCAUGGCUGGUCCCCGAAGCAUCACCCGCUCCAAGGCUGGUCCCCAUACCAGUACCAGCCUCCAGACUGGUUCCCAUACCAGUACCAGAACCCGGGCUGGUUCCCAUACCAGUACCACCACCCAGACUGGUUACCAUACUAUUACCAGCAGCAAGACUGGUCCUCAAACUAGUACAAGCACCUGCCCUUAGGCUGGUCCCCAAGCCAUCACUCGCUGCAUGGCUGGUCCCCGAAGCAGCAUCCACUCCAUGGCAGGUCCCAGAAGCAGCACUCACUCCAAUGCUGGUCCCCAUACCUGUACCAGCACACGGACUGGUUCCCAUACCAGUACCAAGACUGGUCGUCGAACUAGUACCAGCACCCGCUCAGAGGCUGGUCCCCGAGCCAGCAUUCGCUCCAAGGCUGGUCCCCAAGCCAGCACUCACUACCUGGCUGGUCCCCAUAUCAGCACCCACUCCAAGGCUGAUCCCCGAAGCAGCACCCGCUCCAAGGCUGGUCCCCAUACCAGUACAAGCCUCCGGACUGGUUCCCAUACCAGUAGCAGAACCCGGGCUGGUUCCCAUACCAGUACCAGCACCCGGACUGGUUACCAUACCAGUACCAACACCCGGACUGGUUACCAUACCAGUACCAACACCCGGACUGGUUACCAUACCAUUACCAGCACCAAGACUGGUCCUCAAACUAGUACCAACACCCGCCCUUAGGCUGGUCCCCAAGCCAUCACUCACUACAUGGCUGGUCCCCAAUGCACCAUCCGGUCCAAGGCUGGUCCCAGAAGCAGCUCUCACUCCAAUGCUGGUCCCCAUACCUGUAUCAGCACCCGGACUGAUUCCCAUACCAGUACCAGCACCAAGACUUUUUCUCAUAUUAAAACUUCCAAAUGUACAAUUUUUCUAG